AUGGAUGCUGUGGGUAAUUCAGGAAAGGUGGCUAUCAAUCGUAACGGAAUAUUGGGGGAAGGCAGUAACGGGACAUGCGUUUACAAAGGAACAUUCGAGAAAACGGUUCAAGUGGCCGUUAAAAGAAUGGUAUAUUUCCAAACCACAGACCUGAAAGUGAUUAACAAUGAAGUUACUAUGCUGAAGAAGCUGGAUCACCCUAAUAUAAUCCGAUACAAGCUGUUCGACAAAGACAAGGACUUCCUCUAUAUUGUCCUGGACUUGUGUGACGCAUCUCUGACUGAAUGUAUUAAAAAGGGAACCUUGAACCCUUCAUAUACGUACAUGCCCGGUGAAAUGAAAGCAAAGUUCAAGAUUAAUAUUCUGAAGGACAUUUUAAGCGGCUUAGAAUACCUCCACAAAAUGGAUGUUAUUCACCGAGACCUAAAGCCCCAGAAUGUUCUAAUCAAAAAAAGCAAAACCACCGAGUAUGGUGUUACUGCUGUGAUAACUGACUUUGGACUCAGUCUUGAAAUUAAGGAGGAUCAAACUCACGUGACUGCUACAGAGGCGGGUACCAAGGGGUGGAAACCAAAAGAAGUACUUGGGAAGGGUAAAAAAUAUUUCAAGAAAUCUAUGGAUAUUUUUGCGUUUGGAUGUGUUGCACAGUUUGUACUUUCUCAAUCUACCGACGCAUCUAAUCGUUACGUUCACCCUUUCGGUGAGGAAUUGUGCAGGGAGCGAAAUAUCCACUUUGGUAAAAGGGUGGCAUUCCUAGAUGAUCCUAGAAAAUCGUUCGAUCCUAGAAAAUCGUUGGAUCGUGAGGUGGAUUUGCUGGGAGAUAUAAUGGUAAACAGCUGUGUCAGCAAUGACCCAAAACUACGUCCUGAAGCUAAGGAGCUUUUAGAUCAUCCUUUGUUCUGGAGCUACACUGAUAAACUUCACUUUGUGGAGAAAGUAUUCAAUGAUUACAAAGACAAAUUUGAGAGCGAUGCUGUUAAAAGUUUGGAAGACAACUGGAAGAAAUAUAAGCCAACAGCAGUCGAAGAGAACAUUCGUGAAGCUUGGGGAUACCAUUUGUUCUGUCGAAAGCUUGCCAAACAAUCCAAACCAAACACCAAAUCUCUCUUCAACGCUGUUCUCCGGAACAUAAGGAACAUCCAACAACACUGCAGGGAGGCGGUAGCACGGUACAAAGAGCCCCACAAACAACCAAACUCAGAGGCUUUCACUAUUCUUGAGGAAGUUUUGGGAGAUUGCUCGGAUGAAGACAUUGGACGAUAUUUCUUUUCUAGAAUUCCAGUACUGAUUCCAAUCGUGUACCUGUCUCUCUACCUUCACGCUAGAGAUAAUAGAGUUUUGCAGCGGUACUACAAGAAUGCUGAUACUGAUAAAACGGUUGCGGAGGGGAAGACUAAAUCAGGGUGGAGCACUCUGGAUAAACUCAUGACACGCAGCUCCAGAUCAUCUACCCCAUCUAGUUCAAGUAGAAGCAGAUCCAACUCUAAGAGUUAG